CACAACAAUUAAUUGAAAAACCAUACUUUAACGCUAAUACUUUUUACGAAUGACCCAUUAUUCAAAAGCAUCAUCUGAUUCGCGUUCCAAAAUGACUUCAGUCUAAUCGCGACUGCUCUUCCUAUCAGACGCGAAUCACUCCGCGACUCUGAAAAAAAAAACUGAAGACGCACCAGAUGCUAUAAUUUGUUAUCAUUGUUUGAAUUAAGACACAUAUGAUGCAAAUUCGUAUUUAGCAUGUGUUUGAGUACGAUUUGUUAAUUUAGUGAAAUGGGACACAAGGGUAAAGGAUGGCCACCGUACUUACGGAUAAUACUGUUCUACCAAAGUAUCCUAGGCGUAUGGUCACAGUUGGUGAUUGAAGAAGACGAGGUGAGCGCGCCAUGUGCAAAUUUCAAAGUUGGAGACGACGAUCUUCAUGCUUACGAUUUUGUGAGACAAUUUCGUCUAGACACGUUGGAUACACAGUUCCAUGGUGUAACAAAAGUCACAGGAAGCAACAGGGUGCAAACGGCAUAUAGGCUGGACAAACAGGCAGAUAUAUCACUGCCUACAAGGAAAGUAUUUCCAGUAGGCUUGCCAGACCAGUUUUCUUUUAUAUCAACAUUCCGGACAAGAAGACAUCCCAAAAGAACAUGGCAUCUAAUGAGGAUAACAGACAACAGGCACCAACCUCAAUUUUUGAUUUCCUUGAACCCCAGGAACGAAACCAUCGAAUUUUCCACGAUGAACUACGAAGGACGAUUGCAAACGCAGAGUUUUCAACAUACUCAGAUUUUUGACCGGAAUUGGCAUAAGCUUCACUUAGGGGUUUCCAGAGAAGACGUCGUGGCAUACGUGGAUUGCCAACUAAUCAACCGGAAGCCGUUAGAUCCUAAAGGACAGAUUGACAUCAACGGGGAGAUAUCUUUAGCUAAACUUGGGCCAUCGAGAGAGACAGUUCCGAGAUUUCGAAGGUCUAUUCCGAUAGACCUUCAAUGGAUGAUGAUGAGUUGUGACCCCACAAGACCAGAGCGAGAAACAUGUGGCGAGCUAACAGCUGUGCGAGCAACAAGACCGCCAUCUUUGAUUGGACCGCCCCCGCCUAUUCCUCCAUUCCCGGCACCAACACAGCCACCAUGCCAAACGAUAUGUCCUCCAGGUUUACCAGGAUUCAACGGGACUGACGGUAUUCCUGGAUUACCAGGACUACCAGGACCUCCAGGAGCUGAUGGAAAAAUGGGAUAUCCCGGACUUAUAGGAGAAAGUGGACCAUCUGGUCCUCCUGGACAUCCGGGCCCCAGCGGUAUAGCAGGCCCUCCAGGCCCAAUGGGCUUGCCAGGAAUGGAUGGUAGGCAUGGACCCCCAGGCCUGCCAGGGCCUCCGGGGACUUGCGAUGAACAUACACACAAUAUUGUACAUGAGAAAAACACCGUUGGACUGUACGGACCCCGAGGAUACCCUGGUCCUCCAGGAUUGCCAGGGGAACGAGGUGCUGCAGGUGAAAGAGGUCCUGAAGGUUCAGUGGGACCACCAGGCAUUCCUGGUAAAGAUGGCGCUCCUGGAGUGCCUGGAUCUCCAGGACAAGGGGGGCAACCUGGAUUGCCUGGAAUGCCCGGGCCACCGGGAAGAAGUUUCACAGAAGAUGAAGUUAGAAACAUAUGUGCGGCAGUUCUUCGAGAUCAGCUAGCAGAUUUGGCAGGAACCUUAGUAGGACCGCCUGGACCACCGGGCUCAUCAAGGCCUGGAAGACCAGGACCUCCUGGAGAUCAGGGACCUCCAGGAAAUCCAGGUCCGCCAGGCUUGCCAGGCGAAAGGGGUUUUAUAGGUCUUCCAGGCCCAUCAGGCAAUCCAGGACCAGCCGGGCUAAAGGGAGAGAGAGGAGAGCAGGGGGAUAGGGGAGAGGAAGGCUUCGGACAUGAAGGACCUGUUGGGCCUAGAGGUCCACCUGGCGCUCCAGGAAGCCCUGGACAGGGCUUACCGGGGCCCCAAGGUGAAAGAGGAGAACCUGGACGACAAGGUUCCCCAGGCCCAAGAGGAUAUCCAGGGCCUCAAGGACCUCCGGGGUAUUGCGAAUUCUGCAACAACUACGCUGCACAGAACUACUACCAAGCUUACCUAAGGUCUGCCGGUAAUGACAAAGGACCAGACAGAAGAUAAAAAAUAAUAUCAUAAAACUUAAAACUGAAACUCAAAAAAUGUCUAAUGCAAUGUAUGUACCUAUUAAAUAUGUAAAUAAUAAAAAUGUAAUUAUUAACUUGUA